AUGUCUCUCUCUGAAAAUCCACCUGUAAAAUCAUGGAGUUUAGAGUUCCAUUCAAUGGUGGCAGGGAUUAAAAAAAGUGACUCAUGGGAAUUGCCUAUUGAACAGGCUCAAAAGCAAUUUGUUGAGGCAUUUAAGUUCGAGGUUCCUUCUAAUAUAAUUACAGAGCAAGAUGUGUUAGACGAGAAAUGGAAAGAGCCAAAUGAUAGACUACAUGGAGAGUGGGCUCAGCUGAAAGCAAUAGAGUUGUUACACUUAAAUAUGCUGAGCAUGCUAAAGCUCGGAUUUUUU